GAACAUACAAUCAUCUAGUUUCAAGUUUUGCUGUAAGAGCAAACAACAUCACUGAGCAGUAACAGCAAUAUAUUACAUUUCUACUACUUCUCAAGAGACAGGCAUGUAUGCCAAGAAGGCUAAUGAACCUAUGCCAUGCAGAGGAAGGUCUUUUGACUCACUUAACUCUGCUUAUGAGGAGAAGAAGUUCAACAAUGCAGUUACAUUCAAUAAAACUGAUGAAAAGCAGGAUAACAGGAACAUCUCCACUGGAAGGCCCACCAGCUCUGGGAAAGAUGUGACAACAAUCAUAUUCUCUCUGAAAAAUGAAGUUGGAGGUCUCGUCACAGCGCUCAAGCUUUUUCAGGAGAAGCAUGUCAACCUUGUUCAUAUUGAGUCUCGCAAGUCCAAACGAAGGGAUUCAGACUUUGAGAUCUUUGUUGAUUGUGACACCAACCAUAAGCAGCUCAGGGAGCUGACUCAGCUCCUAAGGGAGCAUGCUGAUAUCAUUGAGAUUACGCCAACUGAUAACUCCACCAAACCCAAUGAUGAAAUUGCUGGUGUGCCCUGGUUCCCUAAGAAGAUCUCUGAUUUGGAUUUCUGUGCGAACAGAGUUUUGAUGUACGGUUCUGAAUUAGAUGCAGAUCAUCCGGGAUUUAAAGACAAUAUAUAUCGUAAAAGAAGAAAAUAUUUUGCUGAUUUGGCUAUGGGCUACAAACAUGGCAAUCCUAUUCUUCGCAUUGACUUCACAACAGAGGAGGUGCAGACCUGGCGCGUGGUGUUCAGGGAGCUCAACAAGUUGUACCUCAGCCAUGCCUGCAAGGAGUAUCUGAAGAACUUCCCUCUGCUGAUCAAACACUGUAACUACAGGGAAGACAACAUCCCGCAGCUGGAGGAUGUCUCACACUUCCUCCAGGAGCGCUCAGGCUUCAUCAUUCGACCAGUAGCUGGGUACCUCUCCCCCAGAGACUUUCUAGCAGGCCUGGCCUUCAGAGUGUUCCACUGCACUCAGUACGUCCGCCACAGCUCCGAGCCUUUGUAUACGCCUGAACCAGACACAUGUCAUGAGCUGCUGGGUCAUGUUCCUCUGCUUGCUGAGCCCAGCUUUGCCCAGUUCUCUCAAGAGAUUGGUUUAGCAUCGCUGGGAGCUUCAGAUGAUGCAAUACAGAAACUGGCUACAUGCUACUUCUUCACAGUGGAGUUUGGUCUAUGCAAGCAGGAGGGCAAGCUAAAGGCCUAUGGAGCUGGACUCCUCUCUUCUGUCAGUGAACUCAAGCAUGCUUUGUCUGGCAAGGCCCACAUCCUUCCAUUUGACCCCAUGGUGACCUGUAAUCAGGAGUGCAAAAUAACUACGUUCCAAGAAGUUUACUUUGUUUCAGAGAGUUUUGAGGAAGCCAAGAACAAAAUGAGGGAAUUUGCCAAGACCAUUCAGCGUCCAUUCACAGUACACUACGACCCCUAUACCCACAGUGUGGACGUCCUGAAGGAUACUGAUAGCAUCAAUAGUAUGGUGAAAGACAUUCGGCAUGAGCUGGACAUUGUAGAGGAUGCCUUGAACCGACUUAGAGUCUGAGAGUAUUGGGACGGGGGCGGGGGGGCUUGUUGGGUAUAAAUGAGUGGGACAGUAUGAGGGUGGAUGGAGUUAGAUGGGCUGGUGAGAAUGGGUUUCAGGCAAAUUAGGAUACUGACCAUAAUGAAGAUGGAGGUUAGGCGAAGCUGUGAUAUUUAGAACUAUACAGCACAUAGCUUUUCC